AUGCUUUUCAAAAAGGACAAAAAGGACCACAAGGAGCACCAGGAGGUCAACGAGAACGUGACUCACAUCCCUUUCCUGGAACCCACGGAAGAGUCAAAGGUGCCUGAAGAAACCAAGCUCACUAAUCACCAGAAGGAAUGUUUCACCAAAGUUUAUGAGCAUUUCGCCCAGGAAGGAUUCUUGGUGGCCAAUUCCGAAGACGCGUUGAAACACAAGGACAAAACACAGUUCACGCCUUUGACGGAAGAUGAAAAGGCGUGGUUGACGAGAGAGUGCUUCUUGCGGUACUUGAGGGCGACAAAGUGGAAAGUCGAGGAUGCCAUUGCUAGAAUCGAAGGCACGCUUGCGUGGAGACGUGAAUUCGGCGUGUCUCACAACUUCGAUGCUGACAAUGCCGUAAACGGCUCGUUGGUGUCUCCCGAAAACGAAACCGGUAAGGAAGUCAUCUUGGGAUAUGACAACGACUCCAGACCAUGUCUUUAUUUGAAGCCUGGCCGUCAAAACACAAAGACUUCGCAAAGACAAGUUCAGCACAUGGUGUAUAUGCUUGAGAAGGUCAUUGACUACAUGCCAGCAGGGCAGGACUCCUUGGCGCUUUUGAUAGACUUUAAGGCGUCGCCUGUGGGCACGCAAUCGAACAAGAUUCCUCCAGUGAGUACGGGAAGACAAGUUCUCAAUAUCUUGCAGACGCAUUACCCCGAGAGAUUGGGGAGGGCUCUUUUGACCAAUAUUCCUUGGCUCGGAUGGACUUUCUUGAAGAUAAUUCACCCAUUUAUUGACCCUCUUACAAGAGAGAAAUUGGUGUUUGACCAGCCAUUCCCCAACUAUGUGCCAAAAUCGCAGUUGGAUCAGGAUUUCGGUGGUAUGGUGAACUUUGAGUAUGAACAUGAAAAAUACUGGCCCCAGAUGGUGAGCAUGGCCGAAGAAAAGAAACGCAAAUACGUCAAACGGUUUGAGACGUUUGGCUCUCGCGUCGGAUUAUCUGAGUAUGACUUGAGAGGGGAUCACGAGGACUUGAAGUACCAGCCUGGAGUUGCAUAA